AGAGCUCUGAGUGCGUGGGGUGGGGGGGUUGGAGGAGGAAGACCCUACAGGAAGUUGAGGUAUCAUAUCCUCAAUUUCUGUGACCCCCAGUGGUUUCACACUAUCUUUUCAGCAAGCCACAUUGGAUUUCACGCAUUUACUGACUCUUCUACCCGUUCUUUUUGGUGUCCAGCUGUACUCUCCAACAGGCUGCUCAUCUUCAAGGGGAAAACAUGGCUACUGGAUUUCCUCUGUUCUAAGGGAGUCAUUUAAUACUUCAUGAUUAGAACAAAUAUGUGAAAGUUCCCACCAACCAGUGAGAAUUUCUUCCUUCAGACGGUUUUGGAUCUUACUGCACAGCUUUCUGAGAAGUUCUUUUGGUGCCAUGUUUUGUGGCUUGCAUCAAAAGAGGAGUUUGUCUUCAUGAAGAUUCCUAACAUUGGUAAUGUGAUGAAUAAAUUUGAGAUCCUUGGGGUUGUAGGUGAAGGAGCCUAUGGAGUUGUACUUAAAUGCAGACACAAGGAAACACAUGAAAUUGUGGCGAUCAAGAAAUUCAAGGACAGUGAAGAAAAUGAAGAAGUCAAAGAAACGACUUUACGAGAGCUUAAAAUGCUUCGAACUCUCAAGCAGGAAAACAUUGUGGAGUUGAAGGAAGCAUUUCGUCGGAGGGGAAAGUUGUACUUGGUGUUUGAGUAUGUUGAAAAAAAUAUGCUCGAAUUGCUGGAAGAAAUGCCAAAUGGAGUUCCACCUGAGAAAGUAAAAAGCUACAUCUAUCAGCUAAUCAAGGCUAUUCACUGGUGCCAUAAGAAUGAUAUUGUCCAUCGAGAUAUAAAACCAGAAAAUCUCUUAAUCAGCCACAAUGAUGUCCUAAAACUGUGUGACUUUGGUUUUGCUCGUAAUCUGUCAGAAGGCAAUAAUGCUAAUUACACAGAGUACGUUGCCACCAGAUGGUAUCGGUCCCCAGAACUCUUACUUGGCGCUCCCUAUGGAAAGUCCGUGGACAUGUGGUCGGUGGGCUGUAUUCUUGGGGAGCUUAGCGAUGGACAGCCUUUAUUUCCUGGAGAAAGUGAAAUUGACCAACUUUUUACUAUUCAGAAGGUGCUAGGACCACUUCCAUCUGAGCAGAUGAAGCUUUUCUACAGUAAUCCUCGCUUCCAUGGGCUCCGGUUUCCAGCUGUUAACCAUCCUCAGUCCUUGGAAAGAAGAUACCUUGGAAUUUUGAAUAGUGUUCUACUUGACCUAAUGAAGAAUUUACUGAAGUUGGACCCAGCUGACAGAUACUUGACAGAACAGUGUUUGAAUCACCCUACAUUUCAAACCCAGAGACUUCUGGAUCGUUCUCCUUCAAGGUCAGCAAAAAGAAAACCUUACCAUGUGGAAAGCAGCACAUUGUCUAAUAGAAACCAAGCCGGCAAAAGUACUGCUUUGCAGUCUCACCACAGAUCUAACAGCAAGGACAUCCAGAACCUGAGUGUAGGCCUGCCCCGGGCUGACGAAGGUCUCCCUGCCAAUGAAAGCUUCCUAAAUGGAAACCUUGCUGGAGCUAGUCUUAGUCCACUGCACACCAAAACCUACCAAGCAAGCAGCCAGCCUGGGUCUACCAGCAAAGAUCUCACCAACAACAACAUACCACACCUUCUUAGCCCAAAAGAAGCCAAGUCAAAAACAGAGUUUGAUUUUAAUAUUGACCCAAAGCCUUCAGAAGGCCCAGGGACAAAGUACCUCAAGUCAAACAGCAGAUCUCAGCAGAACCGCCACUCAUUCAUGGAAAGCUCUCAAAGCAAAGCUGGGACACUGCAGCCCAAUGAAAAGCAGAGUCGGCAUAGCUAUAUUGACACAAUUCCCCAGUCCUCUAGGAGUCCCUCCUACAGGACCAAGGCCAAAAGCCAUGGGGCACUGAGUGACUCCAAGUCUGUGAGCAACCUUUCUGAAGCCAGGGCCCAAAUUGCGGAGCCCAGUACCAGUAGGUACUUCCCAUCUAGCUGCUUAGACUUGAAUUCUCCCACCAGCCCAACCCCCACCAGACACAGUGACACGAGAACUUUGCUCAGCCCUUCUGGAAGAAAUAACCGAAAUGAGGGAACGCUGGACUCACGUCGAACCACAACCAGACAUUCUAAGACGAUGGAGGAAUUGAAGCUGCCGGAGCACAUGGACAGUAGCCAUUCCCAUUCGCUGUCUGCACCUCACGAAUCUUUUUCUUAUGGACUGGGCUACACCAGCCCCUUUUCUUCCCAGCAGCGUCCUCAUAGGCAUUCUAUGUAUGUGACCCGUGACAAAGUGAGAGCCAAGGGCUUGGAUGGAAGCUUGAGCAUAGGGCAAGGGAUGGCAGCUAGAGCCAACAGCCUGCAACUCUUGUCACCCCAGCCUGGAGAACAGCUCCCUCCAGAGAUGACUGUGGCAAGAUCUUCGGUCAAAGAGACCUCCAGAGAAGGCACCUCUUCCUUCCAUACACGCCAGAAGUCUGAGGGUGGAGUGUAUCAUGACCCACACUCUGAUGAUGGCACAGCCCCCAAAGAAAAUAGGCACCUAUACAAUGAUCCUGUGCCAAGGAGAGUUGGUAGCUUUUACAGAGUGCCAUCUCCACGUCCAGACAAUUCUUUCCAUGAAAAUAAUGUGUCAACUAGAGUUUCUUCUCUACCAUCAGAGAGCAGUUCUGGAACCAACCACUCAAAAAGACAACCAGCAUUCGAUCCAUGGAAAAGUCCUGAAAAUAUUAGUCAUUCAGAGCAACUCAAGGAAAAAGAGAAGCAAGGAUUUUUCAGGUCAAUGAAAAAGAAAAAGAAGAAAUCUCAAACAACAGAUUCCACCAACGGGGAGAAUCCAAGCAUCAAGAAAUCCCUCUUUCCUCUUUUUAAUUCAAAGAAUCAUUUAAAGCAUAGUUCUUCUUUGAAAAAGCUUCCUGUAGUCACUCCACCCAUGGUACCCAAUUCCGACAGCCCUGAUCUUCUGACGUUGCAGAAAUCCAUUCAUUCUGCUAGCACUCCAAGCAGCAGACCAAAGGAGUGGCGCCCCGAGAAGAUCUCAGAUCUGCAGACCCAAAGCCAGCCAUUAAAAUCACUGCGCAAGUUGUUACAUCUCUCUUCGGCCUCAAAUCACCCGGCUUCCUCAGAUCCCCGCUUCCAGCCCUUAACAGCUCAACAAACCAAAAAUUCCUUCUCAGAAAUUCGGAUUCACCCCCUGAGCCAGGCCUCUGGCGGGAGCAGCAACAUCCGGCAGGAACCCGCACCGAAGGGCAGGCCAGCCCUCCAGCUGCCAGAAGGUGGAUGUGAUGGCAGAAGACAGAGACACCAUUCUGGACCCCAAGAUAGACGCUUCGUGUUAAGGACAACAGAACAACAAGGAGAAUACUUCCGCUGUGGUGACCCAAAGAAGCCUCACACUCCGUGUGUCCCAAACCGAGCCCUUCAUCGUCCAACCUCCAGUCCUGCUCCCUAUCCAGUACUCCAGGUCCGAGGCACUUCCAUGUGCCCGACACUCCAGGUCCGAGGCACUGAUGCUUUCAGCUGCCCAACCCAGCAAUCCGGGUUCUCUUUCUUCGUGAGACACAUUAUGAGGGAAGCCCUGAUUCACAGGGCCCAGGUAAACCAAGCUGCGCUCCUGACAUACCAUGAGAAUGCGGCACUGACGGGCAAGUGACUUCUGCAAGCCUGCGGCUGGUCCCAAUGCCCUGAAUCACCUCUCUCAUGGAAGAACCAAUUAACACCAAUGAAUCAACCAUUAACGCUGAG